UGGUCUUGAUCUCUUCACCUCAUGAUCCACCCGCCUCAGCCUCCCAAAGUGCUGGGAUUACAGGUGUGAGCCACUGCGCCCGGCGCAGUGUUUCUUUUCUAAUAACUCUGUUAACCUAGUGUUUAGAUGAGUAUCAGUUGUUCUGAGGAGUGCUAAAUAGUGGCACAGCAUAUCCCCAUGAUCUGUGCAAAUGGCCCAGGCAGUCAGUCAGAUGGCAUACUUUAUUGCCAGCGUGGAUGAGUCUUGUUUCAUUUGUGGGAACAGUGACAUUUCCUACUUAUUAAACUUUUUUUCCCUUCUCAAUGUACCUUUAGACCAAAGUCUGUAACAGUUGCUUUUCCGUAUCACUGGAGGCUGCAAAAAUCUGGUGUAAAGAAUAUUCAAGUGAAAGAAGAAUGAGUUAGUAGGACAGGGGUGUGGAGGGCAGCUGGUGAGAGAGAUGGUCCAAAUUAAGGAUUGUACAGGUGUCAUAUAUGUUAUUGUCCUCAUCCAGCUGUUUUCCCACCCCUGGAUUUGUUGGCUGAUUCCUCGAACAGUGAAGGUAAAACACAUUCCACAGCCCUGUGAAUUCUAACUUUUGAGAAAGGUGAGCUACAGAACAAUUCUAUUCUAAACUGACGUCAUGAGAUUCUAGAGUCUCUGUUGUCACACUCAUACGUUGUUGCCAUGUUAAUUCCAUAUGCAGUUUGAGCAUUCAGUCUUCUGACCUGUUCCACCUACACAGGGCAUUUUAUGGCUUAAGGAUGAUGGCCUAGAAGGGAAGAGAGAGACUUACUUUGGAUUAAAUUCAAAAUGGGAAAAUGCUUAAGCUACUGCAAAGAGGACCAGCGCUUCCAACGAUGUUGUCCAGAAGAUCAAGUUACUACAGAUGCCCAGCAUCAUGGAGCUUCUUCUGUUUUACAGCCAAAUGUAUCUCUCGGUCAUAAAACAUCUUAUUCCCCUGUGACACAUAAAGUCAAUUCAGCCAAAGCAAGUAGAAGGUUAUCGUCUCUAUCAAGUCCACCUUUCUCUGAAAGAAGAUGUUCUUUAUUCGCUAGAUUUCAGAAAGGAAAUGCUUCCCCUUACUGGCAGCAAAGUAGAGCUAACUUUGAUUGUGAAGAAGACACAAGCUUCACUGAUUUAAAAUCUGCCUCAGACCGUUUUAGUAGCCUUAUGUCCCAUAAACUAAGUAUAGUUCCCUGUUACAAGAGUGCGAUUUUUUUUAAUCCUCAAGCAAGUGGCCAGAGUGUGUUUAAUCUAAAUGAAAUCAAAAUCUUUUUUAAAACCCCAAGUAAUAAUGAUGCUCAAAAACAUAUAACCAUCUCUGCUCCUGAAUAUAGCACUAAAAAUUGUAAGAAUUUUGAAAUAAACGCCACUUCUCCAGCCUUUCGGAACAGUAUUGAUAGAGCCUCCUAUCAACAAAGUGCAUCAUCCUUUUCUCUUGCAAGUGAUAUUUACCGUCCUGAUCAACAAAAUGGAAUUGCCACUGAUAUUCAACAAAGAGGCCAAUUAAGUAACAAUUCAAAAGAUUUCCUUCUUCCUGGUUCUGAAAGGUACAGCAAAGAUCAUUCUCCAGUCAUGAUUCAACAGCAUCCCUCUCAAAGUGGAACUUUGUCAUUCCUCCAUAAAGCUGGAAUUUCUUCAUCUUAUAAAAAUUCUGAUUGCUUUAUCCCAUCGGAAAGCGAAGUAACUUCAGGCUCCUUUGAAGAUGAAGACAGAUCUUCACUUUUUGAAAUUCCUGAAAUAAGGUAUAUUACAGCUAAUACUGACACAGAAGAACAGAGUUUUCCAGUCCCUAAGGCAUUUAACAUACAUGUAGAGGAAUUAAAUUUAGAUGUCCUUCUUCAGAAGGUAGAUCAUUUGCGUAUGAGUGAGUCCGGCAAGUCGGAGAGUUUUGAACUACUUUGUGACCACAAAGAAAAGUUUAGAGAUGAAAUAGAGUUUAUGUGGCGAUUUGCUCGUGCUUAUGGAGACAUGUAUGAACUAUCUACAGACACACAGGAAAAGAAACAUUAUGCUAAUAUUGGAAAAACUUUAAGUGAAAGAGCUAUUAAUAGAGCACCCAUGAAUGGACAUUGUCAUCUGUGGUAUGCAGUUUUGUGUGGCUAUGUAUCUGAGUUUGAGGGUUUACAAAACAAAAUCAACUAUGGGCACCUCUUCAAGGAACAUCUAGAUAUAGCAAUCAAACUUUUACCAGAAGAACCCUUUCUAUAUUACCUCAAAGGAAGAUACUGUUAUACUGUCUCCAAACUGAGCUGGAUUGAGAAAAAAAUGGCUGCUACUCUGUUUGGAAAAGUACCAUCUUCAACUGUUGAAGAAGCUUUACACAGUUUCCUUAAGGCUGAAGAACUAUGCCCUGGUUAUUCUAUUCCCAACUACAUGUACUUAGCAAAGUGUUAUACUGAUCUUGAGGAAAACCAGAAUGCUUUGAAGUUCUGUAAUUUGGCAUUGUUGCUUCCUACUGUUACCAAAGAGCAGAGGAAAACCACUGAAGGGUCUUCAGCAACAGAUAAUACAAUGAGAUUUUUAGAAAAGAGCACAAUAGCCACCAUAUGGAGACUGGCUUGGAGUGGAGGGGAGCAAAACUGGAAGCAGGAAUAUCAUUUAGGAUAAAGAGGCACAGAAAGAGAUGCAAAAAGUAAUGACUUCCUUGAAGAGGUAAAUAAACGAAUUUACUCUUCAACAAAUCAGAUGUGGCCUACCAAAACUUAAACUAAUCAAAGUCGUGC